AUGGACCCGGGGGAGGGCGUGCUGGUGGGCGGAUCGCCGGAAUAUGUGGGCGUGAGCCUGUUCACUGUUCAUCACGACUUCCACGAGGGAUGCCUGGACGACCUACGGGUGUCGGGGGUGUCCCUGCCUCUGCCUCCGCUGGCCAACUCGACGACGUGGGCGCAGGCGACCAUGUUCACCCACGUGCACCCUUCCUGCCACGCCCCCGCCGCCUGCACCAACCUCACCUGCCCCGAGCCGCUCACCUGCCUCGACGUGUGGCGCCGCCACGAGUGCGGGUGCGGAGAGGGAGCUGCCCUGACACGGGAAGGCGGGGCGUGCCGGGACGUGGACGAGUGCGUGUGGGCGCCCUGCCUCAACGGCGGCACCUGCGUCAACCGCGUUCCUGGCUACAUCUGCUUGUGUCCCCGUCCACAUUGGUAA